GUAUCGGGAAAUCUUUGGCCCUUUCGGACACGAGUGUUUUUCGCCCAGCCCCAGUGUUUAGUAGUUCUAAUAGGUUUCGUCCCAUGAGUUGGUUGAUGUCGCGCAGAAGUAAUGUUGUUAAUGCAGGCAGGGAGAGACAACUGAAUGCCGUCUGUAUAUGAAUGAUAGUUAAAAAGGGUGCAACAAAAAUGAAAUGUGCUUAGUAUAUAAGAAGGGAACUAUGAAUUGAGAAAUUGGGCUGGUGGUAGCGGCACUACAAAAUUCUCUUUGUUUUCUAUACAGUCAUCUGUAUAUCAACCGUUGACAAAAGGAGCAUACAGUUACUUCCCGUUGAAGGCGUGGGACGGCGAGCUCAAUCCUGAUGCAGGUAAGAUGUGAGAGGCCUAUGUUCGAGGAAAGCUUGGACAUACAGAACUAUGGGGGUAUGGAGGGGGGGGGGGGGGGGUGUCACUGUGCCUCAUGAGCUUGGGCUCAGUCAGUGUGUGGAUGCCGCCCGCGCUGGUGUAGCGGGACUUCCGUGUUGCAGUCCUGGCUAAUUGCAUGGAGCGGCGCGCUGUGGGUCCGAUGCAGUCGCAGUGUUGCAGGCGCAGGGCGCAGCUGACGGCGGAGCAGGCCCGCGCGCGCAGCGCCUCUUGCGCCCGGGAGCGCCAGCUGCUGCUUCGGACCGCGCUGGACAACUGGGCGCGCCGCCGCAGGGAGGCCUGCGAGCGCCGCAGGGCGCGCACCUCCAGCGCCUCUUCCAGCUGGGCGUGCCAGCCUGACCGCCUGGAGGCGGAGGAGGAAGACGAGCGGGAGCAGAGGCCGCCGCCCGCCAGCGUCGCCGCGCUCGUCAUCUGCAUUUCGUCAGACUCGGACAGCGACUCCUCGGACGACGAGGAUGACGGCCUGCGGCCAGCAGCUGCCGCCCGCACUGACCGCCCGUCGAGCUGUGGGUCCAGCGAGGCGGGCGUUCCCACACAAGCUGCUGAGCCGGCUCUGGCUUCGUAACAGAUUCAGGUGCUCCAGUCGACACCAGGAUUCGGAAGGAGCUAUUCUGAAGUGCCGAACCACGAAGGAAGACUUUGCCACAACAGCUCGCGUGUUUCGUGUUAAGUGUGUAAGGAAACGUGAAAAGUGUGUUUGAUGGCUCUAACCAGAAGUACAGUAUAGAAAAUGCGACUUGAAGUUACGCAGACUGUAAAAUGUGAAGAGGUUUCGCCAGUCUGCGUUAUCCAACUGAAAUGACCGUAGUCGCAAUAAAGUAGCUCUAAAUUCUGCAAUUUAGUGUUGUGCUGAUAUGCGUUGCAACUAGUGACACUAAGAACACAAACUUCAGUCGGUGAGAUUAAAUAAGAAAACUUGCAAUAGAUCUACAGUGCUUCACAAACUGUAGAAGAGAAUGCAAGUUAUAACAAUGUACUGUAUUUGUCAACUGUACUUUAUUGAUGUGUAUUAAAAAUUAGUUGAAGUGUU